UCCAGUGACUCUCCCUUGCCUGUGACUUCACGUGUGUGUUUUGUAAAGUUCCUUGAGUCUGAGUCGGUGGGAGUUUCCCAACACCUGACGAACACCGUCUUCGUGGACAGAGCCUUGAUCGUGGUCCCUUUUGCUGAAGUGGACAAGUCAUUUGCAGAGAGCCCCUUCCUUGCUGGCUGAAAGUGGUCCUCUGCUGCCAUCAGGAGAUUAGAAAAAAUAAUGGCACCAGGCUCGCAAGCCCCCUUCUCUCUCUUGUUCAGCAGUAAAAUAUUAACUCUUUAUUUUUUUUCUCUCUGUUAAAGGCAUCGUUUCUUUAAAAAAUAAAUGCCACACAACUCUAAAGCAAAAUGAGGGGGUGGGGGAGAGGGUGCAGGGCAAUCUCAAUUCUUCACAUGUUCAAAGGAUUUGAAUAUUUUUUUAAUUUUUUAAAUAAAAUGUAUGUCGAAUAGUAGGCAUGCACCAAACUAGGGAUGCCCCGAGCAGAUGUGCUGGAUCGGUAUAGAGGCCGAUCAGGACAUUUUCUAAUUAAUUGGUAUCGACUUCAAUCUUGAACAACUUCUGAUCCUCUGUUUAUAUUUUAACCUUUUGCCCGCUGGGUAUGCCAGUUGCCAAAAUGUCCCAUUGUGCUUGAACCAAUAAACAUCAACAAUGAGAGCAACAUCAACGCUGACAGCAUGCAUCAGUGAGAAACGCCACUUUAGGUUUUUUGUUUUUGUUUUUUAAAACUAUUGCUUUUCCUCUAUCAGCAACAUUUUGCAGGUGUUAUACACCUCUAAAAGAUCUGCAAUUGAAAACUGCAUUUAAACUUGGGUAUACUGUGUAAUUUAUGUUACGUAGCAUACAUGUAGUUGAUUUCCUGCCACAACAGAUCCACACUGACACUCCUUUGUCCAUUGAUAUUAUGUGCAACACUGUAGGAAACCAACCCUGCACAUACACACUGGUGUUUUCAGUUACUGGCUGAUUAGACCUAAUUUUAGGUUUUCAAGUUGUUUGCUUAGGUCACCAAACUCCAGGUGUAAGUAACCCCGCCCUAACAGAUGCAACAAAACUUAGCACUAGGGUGAGGGACAUGUCAAUCAAGCACAGUCUUACAGGUCCACACAGUCCCGAGGAGAGGUCUAAUCAGCCAAAUAACUUUGCACUACAAAGGAAAAUGUAAAUACUGGAUCGGGACUUGGUAUUGGCUGAAUCCUAAUAUUAAAUGGCUCAGAUCGGGGGGGGCGGGAGAUAAUGUUCGGGACAUCCCUACACCAAGCACAAAGCAUGCAGGAUAGAUUAACUAAUCAGCUGUGCAUGCUAGAAUAGAUUUUGAAGGUGUGUGCCAUCAUCUACAGUUACUUUCAGCAGAUGUGGUGUAAGUUAAUUAGCGCAUAAUUUGGUUAUUAAUAAUGAUAAGCACACAAACUGCCUUUGGCAUUUACUUGCUUCAUGUGCCAAAGCCUUGUAUUAUUUUACACUGUGCAUCUGUAUUUCCAAAUUUUCACUAACACACAAGAGAUAGAAGUAAUUUUAAGCCUCUGCUUGAUGUUGCAGUAAAAAUGCUUUUUUAUUGACCCUCUCCACACAUGACUCUGAAAGAGUUGAGUGACUCUCACGUUUAACAGUGGUGUUUCUUUUGUUGUUGUGUUUUACAGUUCUUUUUCCUGGUUCAGCCAGCCCUAUAUACCAGGCCCUGCUGAAAAUGCCACCAACAGUUUUGUCUUCUGCAGCCUUAUCCUGUUUCUCAAGUGUCCUUUCUGUUGUGUGUGCGUGUGUGUGUGUGCGUGUGUGUAUGUCUCUCUCUCUCUCUCUCUCCCCUUUUUUUUUUACAAUGUCAAAUGUCAGAUUAAAAAAUAGCCUGUUUUCAGAUUGCACAACCAUGGAUGAUCAUCCCCAUAAGAUUUUCCCUUUGAUUUUACUGUUUGGUUUUUCUUCAGCUUUGGGCACUUUUUUCAUGAUUUUAUCACAGCUUUUGCUGGCAGUAGCCCAUAACUGUUUAGUGCCGUUUGUUUGACAUUGUUUAGUGUUUUUUUUUUUUUUUUUUUUUUUAGUGACAUACUGUUGGCUAAUACCUAGCAGUACUGUAGCUUGUUAGCAGUACUUUAUCUGGUUGCCAAGUAAGUUUUGUUGUGGUGGAAUUGUACAAAGUAACCACCAACAAAAGCCCAGAAAAGGUAAUAUGACUGAACCUUUUCUGUUGUUGUAAUGGUAAGUGAUGUUGAAAUGUACCCUUGUGUCUACACCCAAAUCAUGAACUUUGUUCUCUGUAUCUCAAUGUUUUUGUGUGCUUUAUAGCGAAGCAGCCGGCGCGAGUCGCUUGUUCAUAAAACAUCUAAUGAAAGUUGAGAGCACAUCCCACGGGACAACUGGCUGUGCUUGCUUACGUUUGGUUCAUGACUUAAAAAACAAGUACAGGAGUCAUUCCUGAUGAAUCUAAAGCUAUGUCGCUGCUGGCUCCAGCCAAUGCCGUGGCAGGAAUGAUGCCUGGGGGAGGCCUUCUUCCAACACCCAAUCCUCUGGCAACAAUGGGAGGGACACCAUUUGGAGGUCUUGGAGCUCCCAACAUGGAGCAAAUGGCUGCCAUGGGAAUGUCGGGACCUAACAUGAACCCCCAGGCUCUUUCUGCAGACUUCCUGAAGCUCAUGCAGUCCAUGGACCCCAAGUUGAAUCCAUUAGCGGCCGGACUGAACCUGAAUCCAGGGCUGAAGAAUGACGCCUCCAAUAAGGAGAUUGAAGAGGCCAUGAAGAGAGUCAGAGAGGCCCAGUCUCUAAUUUCUGCAGCCAUUGAACCAGGAAAUAAGAAAGAUGACAAGCGCAAACAUUCCCGCUCCCGUUCGCGCUCACGGCGCAGGCGCUCCAGAUCUCGCUCAAGACACAGACGUUCGAAGAGCAGGUCUCGGCGGAGGUCCCAUUCCAGGAGUAGGAGGAGGUCCAAGAGUCCACGGAGGAGGAGGUCCCACUCCCGGGAGAGAAACCGCCGCAGUAGAUCUAGGGACAGGAGAAAGGAGGAAAAGUCUAAGAAAAGGUCAAAGACUCCCCCCAAGAGCUACAGCAGUGCGAGGCGGUCACGGAGCAUUAGUCGGAGGCACCGGCGAAGCCGCAGUGCAUCUCGGUCCCCAAGGAGGAGGUUGUCCAGGUCUCCCUCGCUCAGACGUCACAAGAAAGAGAAAAAGAAGGACAAGGAACGUGAGAAGGACCGGGAUAGAGAGAGGAGGGAGGACAGGGACCGGAUCAGAGAUGAAAGAGAACGCUCCAGCAGUAAGAAGAAGAAGAGCAAAGACAAGGAACGAGAUCGGGACCGCAAGUCCGAUAGUGAGAAAGGAGACGUUAAGGUGACACGGGAUUACGAUGAAGAGGAACAAGGUUAUGACAGUGAAAAAGGAGAGGAGGAGGAGGAGGAUGAUGAGAGGAAGAGUGACUCAGACUCUGCUUCAUCCCCCAAAGGCCAGGAGGACAUGGAGAGAUCUGAGGGCCAAACCCCCAAAAAGUCCAAACUGAAUGGAGACGAUCACCAUCAGGAAGACAUGGAGAUGAGCGACUAAGAACAUCCCGAACCAGACCGUGUUAUCUUUCCACUGUACUCUUUUUAUAUUUUUAAUACAGGCCACAACAUGUCUGUGCCUGAUUUCUCAAAGUACAAAAAAAGAUGUUGUCUUAACUGUAGAAUUAUUGGGAAGGGGGUGUAGAAGGAAAGCAGUCAAAUAAUUUUUGUAAAGACAAGAAAACAAGGACUAAAAUAUGAAUAACGAGAUGGUUUUAAAUUGUCAAUGCUAUAGUUUUUCAAGAUCCAGUUGUUGUUUUUUUUGUUGCGUUUGUGUUCAAACUUUGUCUUCCUGACAGUAGAAUACACAGCAUUUUCCGCUAAAAUGUAAAUAUUUUACUAGUCGGGAUUGAGUCCUUAACUUGUUCAGACUGUUAGUCACCCACCACCAAAUUCAUGUUAAGUUUUUUGUUAGCUGAACCAUUCUGCUUUAACUGUACUACACCCAGUCGUAUUUCAGCUGACCCUUCCUAUUUACACCCCUUUGUAAGUGUACACUGUAGAUUGAAAUGUGUUGUUGCAAUGAAUUACUUUGUCUGCCAAGGUUUUCCAAAGGAAACUAAUAAAAUUGGGUCAAACUGUCAA